AUUAUAAAAUAGCAGAAUUAUACUGUUUUCAUCGAAGUAUCAAAUUAUUCCUGGAUUGUAAUAAACCAAGAUAAAGCAUGUUUCCAGAAAAGUAUGUUCCAUUAAUGGAAUGGCGAAUUGAUGCGCUGGGAGUUCUGUAUACGAUGACUAAGCAAAUUUUUCUUCAAAGCGAGAAAGCUAGAAGAAAAUCAAGGGUUUUGUGGUUAAUUGAAUUUGGGACUUGAUAAAUUCUGCUUGAGAAAACAUCCAUGGAUGGAAAGCGGUCUAUAAAAAUGGACCCAUUAUCACCUGGACCGUGCUUAGAUAUCAGUGAUGAUGAACUUGUCACUAUAUCAGUCAGAGAUUUAAACAGGCAACUAAAAUUACGUGGGCUAUCAAGGGAGGAAAUAGUUCGUAUGAAGCAACGUAGACGUACUUUAAAAAACAGAGGAUAUGCAGCCAGUUGUCGCAUCAAACGAAUUGAACAGAAGGAUGAACUAGAAUCGGAAAAGACACAAGAAUAUCGUGAUAUGGAAGCUAUGCAAGAAGAUAAUAAUCGUAUGAGAGAAGAAAUAGAAUCUUGGCAUUCUAAAUAUCAAGCAUUAAAGAAAUUUGCAGCAGAAAAGAAGAUUCACAUUCCACCUGAACUAGAAACAAUGUAAAGUAUUUAUGACCUACUGUACACGUAUAUGUUUAAAAGCAAUCAAAUAAUUGGAUGUCAAAUAGAAAAAAACUUGUACAAUGAACAAGUUACAUUGUUAAUAUCUUAAGUAUUAGAAAUAUAAAGACAUUUAUGUUAGCAAGGAGUAAAGCAUAAAGGAAGAAAGCUGUAAAGUUACUGAACAUAUGUACACAAAUGUACAUUGUUUUAUGACAACUGAAUGUUGUGUACAAUGUUCAUUUCUGUAUUUUU